AUGGGAAUUGUGUUGUUGGAGGCAAACGUGACAGAAGGUUUGAUUAUCAUCAGCCCAAUUUCCAUUGCGAAGGGGAGAGAGAUAGAUAGACCCGGGGAUGACGGGCUAUACAGGGCAAAUCAUGUGAGACCCCCGUCCCCAGUUCAGAAAACGCGAAGGACGGAUAAAGAAGUCAAGGGCAUUGGGAUCACGCGGGAUAGGGACAACGAGGGGCAAGGAGGUGGUCAAGCGUUCAAUGAACCGAUGACCGCGUCCAGCAAAAGACCAGAAAUGACAGGAUGGGGAUAUAGAAGGAAAUUUGAGGGCAAGAUGAUGGCUGCGAAACGAACGGGGAAGGGAGAAACCAACUCACUCUACGACCAAAUACAUCCGCGAGUUUCCCGUACAGGGAGGCGAUUUGCGGUCGUAAAAAAGGAACCCGGUUAUUCGAAUGAAUGGCGGCGUCUCCUCUUGCUCAGCCAGACAAAGUCUGGAUUAUGUCCUUCCAAUUCCAUCGACCGGCACGGUCACUUCGGACCGGAGCUCGCCCUCGAAAAGGAAAGCCUAAGGCACGCGAUGGGGAAGAUUUGGGCGGUGCCAUAUUCGUCAGAAUUCCUCAUUCAGUGCGAGCGAUUGGAGGAAGGCGAGAAAGAGAGAGGCAAAAGGGGGACUUCUGGGCAGGAGCCCAGGACAUGUCAAAAGAAGGGCCCACAGAAUGACACUCACGCAAUCACAAUGUAUAGAGUCGUUCGGAACGAGAGCUGA